AUGGAGGAUCGGUUCUCCACUAUCACCAAUCUUCAUGGAGAUCGUAAACAGGCAAUAUUUGGAGUCUAUGUUGGUCAUGGAGGAGUUAAAGCGGCUGAGUUUGCAGCUAAGAACUUAGAUAAGAACAUUGUAGAAGAAGUAGUUGGUAAAAGACACGAGUUGGAGAUAGCUGAAGCGCUAAAGUUUUAUUUUCUGAUCAUUGUCCGUCUAGAGAUGAUGAACGGAAAAGAAUUGAAACCACGGGAGGAUAUGUUGAUACGUUUCACGUUGUGGAGAAUCCAGGGAUCCUUAGUUGUGCCAAGAGGAAUCGGAGAUGCUCAACUUAAGAAAUGGGUUAUAGCUGAACCAGAGACAAAGAUCUCGAGAGUUGAGCAUGACCAUGAGUUCUUAAUCUUGGCAUCACAUGGUUUAUGGGAUAAGGUGAGUAACCAAGAAGCAGUAGACAUUGCUCGUCCCUUCUGCUUACGAACCGAGAAGCCAUUGUUGUUAGCAGCUUGUAAGAAGCUUGUUGAUCUCUCGGCUUCACGAGGCUCGUUUGAUGAUAUCAGUGUGAUGUUGAUCCCAUUGCGCCAGUUCAUAUAGAAAAGAGAGGCAUCU